AAUGCUUCUUCCUUCACCAGAAUCAAAAACAUCAUUUCUAAGUUACAAGUCUUCUAUAAGAACUAACUACAGGACUAGAAUUAAUGAGGAGACUAAAUAAAGCUAUGUUGAAAGGUCGAUUAUUGUAUGAACAGAAAUAAAGAAGAGGGGAUGAGAAGAAAAGAACAGCAGAGAGAUUAUUUUAAUGAAUUGAUAAGAGCUAGUAAUAGUAAUGAUAAAUCGAUUCAUAAAGUCAAGUUUGAAGAUGAUUAUCGUGACAUCAGUAUUCCAAGUGAUAGUCAAAGCAAAUUUAUCAAUUUGAAAAACGGGAAAAUAAGUGCUAAUUCAUUCUUUGGGAUUAAGGCUCCCAAAAGAAAAUGCUGUCUACUCAAUACUCGAAAAGGGCAUCGAAAUAUGAAUAAUUCCAUGAGAAUCCGUACAGGCGUAGAAUACAUUGAAAAGAAAUGUAAAAACUUAGUAUACAGUCCUCGAAUCUCAGAUUCCCUCCUCCUCUCCAACAGCAAGCUUAAACAAGUAAUAGAACACCAAAGGAACAAGUCAGAAAAGUUCGAAAAAGUCUACAGGGUUGUAUUAGAGAACAGGCAGAGAGGGCAAAGUGAAAUGGUCAAAACUAGAAGAAUGAAUAGGAGUAUAGCGAAUGGCAUGAGGAGAAGGAGGAUAAGGACUAGGAAGGCCAAGAAGAGAGAGCUUGGGAAUGUUAUUUCCCAAAAUCCCACCGAGUUUCUUGACCAGCCCGCUCAUAAUAAUCAAGACCAGAAGCAAUCAAUCAAUAAAGAUAUAGUAGAAGAUUACUCAAGCGAAGAAGAACAUAAGGCAAUUAAUUCAGGACAUUUCAUGAACAACAGCGGAAAUGAAGGCUGGGGCAUUCAAACGGAUAACUUCUUUUAAGAAGGAUGAGCAGGGUGAAAAUGACUAUGAACCGAUAUCCCCGCUGAUAGGGUCAGUUGUAAAUUUAAACACUCAGAAAAAUCAUUUCAAAGAGCUUGGUGGUGAAAGUGAGGUGAUAAUUGAUAGUCCUGCGUCGAAAUAAAAGUGUUAAUGAUGCACCAUUCUUUAGUGAUGCCAUAAACAGUCCUGUUAAUUUCUUUGGAGACUAUCAAAUUCCUUUGCAUGAGGUAAAAAUACGUGAAAAGCGGUUGAGACUUCUCAAAACAGCUAAAGCUUGAAUCUCAAAAAGACGAUCCCAAAAGAGUAAAAUCCGUGAGAAACGGAGACAAAGGGCUGCUGAUAAAGCAAUAAGACACCACCGGGUAAAAACCGAGUUCAUCCAGAAUUCCCCAGUUUCCUCUGACUCCAACAAAUACCCUGUGGCUCAGCCCAAAGACUCAGGUUCAGAUUCUAGCUCAGUGUAAGCUUCUGUUUGAGGCUAUUUUGUUAAUAAAUUCUGGGCUAGAUCCAGCUAAAUUUCUAU